AUGGUUAUUGACUCGGGAAGUGAGUCAGUCGGGUAUCAUGUCCCCACCCCCACUGAGCAUAAGCCCAAGGCAAGGCAGAUGCCUGUGACCUUACUAUCGGGAUUUCUGGGAAGCGGCAAGACGACCCUCCUCAAGCACAUUCUCAAGUCUCCUGACCAUGGGUUGCGAAUUGCUGUGAUUGUUAAUGACAUGAGCCAGCUAAACAUUGAUGCCGCCCUUAUCCAAAACCACAAAGUUUCCCAAACCACCGAGAAGCUCAUUCAACUUCAAAACGGGUGCAUCUGCUGCACCUUGCGAGGAGACCUGUUGGCAGAGCUGGCCCGCUUGACGAAACAAAACGAGGUGGAAUAUGUCAUUAUCGAAUCAACAGGCAUUUCGGAGCCCAUGCAAGUGGCCGAAACUUUCACGGCCGAGUUUAGCACUGCGAUGCUAGAGGCCGAGGAUCAGAUCGGGAAUGACGAUGCCGAUGCAAAGAAGAUUCUUAAUGAAAUUGUGGAUAUGGGUGGUUUGCACACUAUGGCUAGACUGGACACCACUGUCACUGUGAUCGAUGCCUUCAACUUGCUAUCCAGUUUUGACACAGCUGAGUUCCUGUCCGAUCGUUAUGGGAGAGAAGAAAUUGUGCCCGAGGAUGAACGCACAAUCUCAGAUCUCAUGGUAGAUCAGAUCGAGUUCGCAGAUGUUUUGAUUGUCAAUAAGAUUGAAACAGUGGAUCAAGCAACACGCAGCAAGAUCCUGCAGCUGCUAAAGUUGUUGAACCCAGGCGCGAGAGUUCUCGAGUCAAAUUACUCGCAGGUAGAUGUCAGAGAGAUCGUCAAUACCAAUAAGUUCGAUUUCGUCCGGGCUGCUUCCGGUCCUGGGUGGCUGCAGAGCUUGCACGAGAUGACGGUCCAGACGACCGGAAAUGGUGAACGGAUGGCGCCGAAGCCAGAGACCUUGGAAUAUGGCAUCAACAACUUUGUUUACACUGCGCGACGGCCCUUCCAUCCUCGCCGUAUCUUCGCUCUUCUCCAUGACAAAUUCAUUAUUCUUCAGAAUAACGAAGAGGAAGAGGAAGAAGAUGACGAGGAAGAGGAAGAUGAAGAUACAAUGGACACAGAGUCAGACUCGGAGUCAGUGGAAGACUUUGACCAGCCUGACCCGGCAGACAUUCUGAAAAACAAGCGUACACACCCGGCCUUUGGACCAGUCCUCCGCUCCAAGGGCUUCUUCUGGCUCACGACCCGACCCUGGCAAUUCGGCGAAUGGAGCCAAGCCGGUGGCAUGAUGACUGUUGGAUGUGGUGGCCCUUGGUUUGCUGAAGUCCCCGAUGAAGCCUGGCCCGAAGACAAGGAUGUACGGGAAUCUAUUCAAAAUGAUUUCCAGGGUCCUUGGGGUGAUCGGCGCCAGGAGCUCGUUUUCAUCGGAGAGGGUAUUGACAAAGAGAGAAUUAGCGCUCUGCUUGAUGAGUGUCUUUUGGAUGAUAAGGAUAUGAAGAAGUGGGAGAAGGUGAUGAAAAACAAGAAGAUGACCAGAGAUGAAAAGACAGAUAAGUUAGCGAAGAUGUGGGAAGAUGGCUGGGAAGAGUGGCCUGCGUUUGAGAUUGAAGAUGAAGAGGAAGAAGAGGAGGCACCACCACAGGCGAAACACCGUAUCAGCGAAUAUCUGCAUAAAGAUGGUAAACAUGCCCAUGGACAUAGCCAUGGACAACGCAGGAUGAUUGCAGCAUGA